AUGAAUUAUCAAGCCUAUGGAGUAACACCUCCUAUAUCAGUGGCCAAUCCUACGCCGAAGGAGAACAGUUUGAAUGAUUCGUUAAUCAAAGAAUUAAAGGCGAGAGGGUCGUUUGAGAGCGAGGCAGCGACCAAGAAGAGGGUAGAGGUGCUUCAUAUAUUGCAAAAAUUGGUUGAGGAAUUUGUUUACACGGUGUCAAUCAACAAAAACAUGAACGAGGGGAUGGCCAAGGAUGCUGGGGGGAAGAUAUUUACGUUCGGGUCGUAUAGGUUAGGGGUUUAUGGGCCAGGAUCAGAUAUCGAUACGUUGGUUGUGGUACCUAAGCAUGUUACUAGAAGCGAUUUUUUUGAUGUUUUCGAGAAGAUUUUGAGGAAGAGACCAGAAUUAGAAGAGAUAGCGCUGGUUCUGGAUGCAUACGUCCCAAUUAUUAAGAUGGAGUUUGGAGGAAUCUCGAUAGAUCUUAUAUGUGCCAGAUUGGACAUCCCUCGGAUUCCCAAAGACUUGAAAUUGGACGAUAAGAACUUACUUAGAAACAUUGACGAGAAGGAUCUUCGGUCGUUGAACGGUACUAGAGUUACUGACGAAAUUUUGACUUUAGUGCCGAAGCCGACGGUAUUCAAGCAUGCGCUUAGGUGUAUUAAAAUGUGGGCCCAACAGAGAGCCAUUUAUGCCAAUGUAUUUGGAUUCCCCGGUGGUGUUGCUUGGGCGAUGUUAGUGGCAAGAAUAUGUCAGCUUUAUCCAAACGCGGUAAGUGCUGUUAUUGUCGAGAAAUUCUUUCAUAUAUACGCCCAAUGGAGCUGGCCCCAACCGGUGUUACUUAAGCCGAUAGAGGACGGACCUUUACAAGUAAGAGUCUGGAAUCCAAAACUCUACCCUCAUGAUCGUCAACAUAGAAUGCCUGUCAUCACACCCGCUUAUCCAUCAAUGUGCGCCACUCAUAAUAUCACCAGUUCUACUCAGAAGAUUAUUUUAGAGGAAUUCAAAAGAGGCAUUGAUAUAAUGAGUCAAAUCAGCAUGAAUAAAAGCACCUGGUCUGAUCUCCUUGCUAGACAUACCUUUUUCUAUAAGUAUAAGUUUUACUUAUGUAUUGUAGCAGCAACUCAGGGCUCGGCUGAAGAUCAUCUUAAAUGGGGAGGAAUGGUUGAAAGUAGAUUAAGACUUUUAAUUCAAAAAUUAGAAAUGACUGAAGGCAUAGAGAUUGCUCAUCCAUAUGUAAAGCCUUUCGAAAAUAGCUAUGCUUGUGAAAAUCAAACCCAAGCUGAAGAGGUUAUAAACACCUAUGGAACUCUUCAAGGUGAAAGUAUCACCAAGGAUCUUCCAGAGCCAAAGAAAGAUAAAGAUAAAGAAAAUAAUGAAAUAGAAAAUAAAGAAAAUGAGAAUAAAGAGGAAGAAAAUAAAGAAGGAAAGCCAAAUUCUGAAUCUAUAGAGAUUCACCUUACAAAGCUCUUCGUUGGUUUAGAUAUCGACUUAAACAAAGGAAGCGACAAGAAACUUGACAUCCAGUAUCCAUGCUCUGAAUUCUUCAAUAUAUGUAAGGGGUGGCAAUCAUACGACGAAAAGCUUCAUUCUAUUCAAAUAAAGCAUGUCAAACUUUACGACUUACCAAAUGAUGUAUAUAUCGAAGGAGAAGAAAGACCAGUUAAAAAUUCCAAACGGAAAAGAUCAUCGACAAAAGAUCAAGGUAAAAAGAGGCCUAAGAGUGUCGGUACUGCUACUACGGUAGCAAGUAGUUAA